AUGGGCUCGGCACAAGACAUAAGCGACUUCAACGCCCAUUCCACCGGUUGGGGCUACAAGGACACAAACAUAUCUGGAAAGGAAAUUGAAGACAUGUUAAACAGCAACCCUCUGGAACUUAUUUGCAGCAAUGAGGAUAAGGCUACAUAUUUGCACUACAAUGGAACCAGAACAACUCCUGACUUACUCUUGGCUUCAAGUGACAUCAGUGAGCAUACACGCCGCAAAAUAAUUGACGAUCCUGGUUCUGGUCACAAACCAGUCAUUGCUAGUAUUACCAUCGGCAGCAAAAGCAAGACAAGGAAAGUGCCAACUAAGCUAUCAUGGAACUUUAAGAGGGCUGACUGGACUAGAUUCACAAACCUUUUGGAGAAUGAACUUCACACAAGCAAGAUUCACUAA